ACAGACCACCACGCCAAAGCUCGCGAACACGACCUCGACAACAUAGCCUCCAAUGCCAUACCCCAUCUGUCCACAAAGCGCGUAGACUCACCCACCAACACAACCUACAACUCAUCUUCUGCAUUCACCCUCCACGAUACAGUGAUUGAGAACCAAAGACCCAUCAAGGUCAUCGUGGUGGGAGCAGGCUACUCGGGCAUCUACCACGGCAUCCGCAUUCCCGAACGCUUGCGCAAUGUCGGUUUGACGAUUUACGACAAGAACGCUGGGGUUGGAGGAACGUGGUAUGAGAACAGGUAUCCGGGUCCAACAGCACACUCCUACCAAUACUCCUUUAACCCGAAUCCAAACUGGUCGUCUAUGUACUCUCCCGCCGCAGAGAUUCAAGCAUACCUCGAGUCGACAGUAAAGAAAUACUCGGUCGAUCGUUUCAUAAAGCUACGCCAUGAGAUCAAAUCCUGCCGUUGGGAUGCCGAAGCCUCGAAUUGGAUCGUCCAAAUAGAAGACUUGGAGACAAACAGGACAUUCGAAGAUAGCAGUGAUGUGUUGAUUAUGGCAAGAGGAGGUUUGAACCACAUAGCUUGGCCACAGAUUGAAGGGUUGAGGAGUUUCGGAGGAGAGAUUAUGCAUUCGGCUGCUUGGAACCAAGAGUAUGCUUCCUCCGCUUUUGUCCUCUNNUACGACUUCACAAACAAACGCAUUGGAGUAAUCGGCAGUGGCAGUUCAGCUAUUCAAAUCAUACCCUCUCUACAACGUCUCUCAGGCACGCAGCUUUCCUGCUUCAUCCGCAGCCGCACCUGGAUCUCUCCUCCCUUCGGCCAAGCCAUCCAAGACAAACUAAAAAUGGACGGCUUCAAAUUCAGCGAGGAGCAAAAGAAACAAUUCCGCGAGGACCCAGAAGCCUUCUUCAAAUUCCGUAUGGAGAUCGAAGAAGGUGGAAACGAGAUCCACGAAUUGACAAUCAUGGGCACGGACAUGCAANAGGGAGCUCAGAAACACUUCGAAGAGAACAUGAAGACGAGGUUACAGAAGAAACCGGAGAUCUUUGAUUGGCUGAAACCUAGUUUUGCCCCUGGGUGCAGACGCUUGACGCCGGGACCUGGUUUCCUGGAAGCUCUGGUCGAGGAUAAUGUCGACUUCAUCCGCACACCCAUCACAAAGAUCGAACCGAAAGGAAUAGUGACUGAAGAUGGAAAACUCCACGAGAUCGACGUCUUGGUCUGCGCGACGGGCUUCCACACUGGUGCACCACCUCCCUUCCCCGUAACUGGUGUCGACGGCAUUGCAUUACCAGAUCAUUGGCAACACCGAGCGACAUCAUAUCUCUCCAUCGCAACAGACAAAUUCCCGAAUAUGUACAUGAUGCUGGGGCCGAAUUCUGCGAUUGGAUCUGGAUCCCUGACGAUGAUGAUAGAGAGCGUAGGUGACUAUGUGAUCAAGUGCGUUCGCAAACUCCAGAAGGAAAACAUCAAAUCCAUGACUGUCAAGGCCGCUCGAGUACGUGACUUCCUGGCAUACUCAGAUGCGUAUUUCAAGAACACGGUCUUCAUGGACGAUUGUAAGAGUUGGUACCGCAAAGGUGAUACAGUAGUCGGGUUGUGGCCGGGGUCGACAUUGCAUUGUAUAGAGGCCUUGAGGAGUCCACGAUGGGAGGACUAUGACUGCGAGUACGAAGAGGAGAACCAGAUGGCGUGGUUGGGUAAUGGGUGGAGUACCAAUCAGCUUGAAGGGAGAGACCUUGCGUAUUACUUGCUGCCACAGUUCCAGCAGGUCCCAUUGGCGCCGUUACCAGAGGAGAAUGCUGAGUUCAAGAUACGGGCGUAUUCGCAG